GAAAUCAACAUAAUGUUUUGAAAUCCUCUAAGGAGUGAACACACGAGUUAGUGAACAGAGUUCCGCAUAGUGAUCGCUAUUGCAGUGCAAGUGAUUGAACUGUAACGUUUUUCAGUGAUAACAUUUUUUGGCAAGCGAAAUUUAAAGUGCAUUCAGGAUGAACUCUUACGUGCUCGCUCUUGCCCUAUGCGUAUGCGCAGCCGCCGGUUCACCUAUUGAAGACGGCAAAUGGCAUCCCUAUAAAUAUGGAGACGAUGGCAAGUACAUUCCAACAGACGAAGGCAAAUACAUUCACAUCCCCAACCCGUACUUACACAUGGACAACCCUUACGACGGAGGUUUCGGCCCCUACUCACACGACUAUGAACCAUACGUGGAGGCUGCAUCCCAAGAUAUAUACAGACAUGUGCUAACACCGCCUCAUGAGAAAAACCCUUACUACAAGGAUGGAUAUUACAAGAACAACGGCAUCAAAAUCCUUAAACAGAAACAUCACUAUGAUGAGGACAAAUACGAUUUUGUUUUUGAAACUGAAAACAAAAUUCGUGCCAAAGAAAAUGCUGUUUUGAAGAACCCAAACACGAUCGACGAAGGCAUCGCGUCAAAGGGCUUCUACGAAUACAUCGGACCUGAUGGAUUCAUGUACAGAGUCGACUACACCGCUGACGAGAACGGUUUCCGUCCCAAACUGAGGAGGAUAGAAACCCCCUACUCCGGAAAAUGGGUGCUAGAAAAGGUCAACUAAAAAAAUUGCUCAUGGUACCAAAAAACGAAAUAUUUCCUAACAAUUUCCUCAAAGAAAUCAGUAUUUUGAUUAAGUAGAUACCUAAAGCAAUUUUCAUGCAUUGACUUAUUCAAUCCACCAGUCACGAACGAAGUUAUGUCACGACUAUGACAUUUCAAUAUUGCCUGAAUUAUUCGGAAAAACAGUUUUUCGGUAACAUUUUCGAACGAAUAGACAUUAAUUAUUAUUAUUACCUAAUGAGUUAAUACUCCAAAGUUGUACAAAGAAAUUUUAAAUUCGGACAUGUUCCUGACGUGGCGAAUUUUUAUGUCUGCUUAGAAUAUUUUAAUUUAUACCAUAGUUUUAAGUACUUAGUAAAGUGAAAUCGAAUUUAGAUACUUAUUUAUGAAUUGUGAUAAUAAAUUUAUGUUUCAUGUAAAA